AUGUUUUGUAUAAAAUAUUUACGAUUACCAUCAAUUUCUGCGAUUGCUCUUCGUCAUUAUGCUGUAACAAAAACUGCUACAGGUCCAUCCGGUGCUGCAUUAAAGCUUGGUGGUGGUGUAGCUAAAAAAGGUGCUGUAAUAACAACAACAAUUCAACAAUAUAUUGACGCUGAAACAGAUCCUGAAAAAUUAGUUAAAUAUUGUUGUGGUCUCAAUUAUAAAAAAGAUCAAGAACCUAUAGAAAUAAAAGCCGAUUCAUCUUAUCCAGAUUGGUUAUUUGGAUUAGAAAAAUUAGAUAAAAUUGAUAUUGAACAACUUGACAAAGAUACAUGGGAAUAUUGGACAAGAUAUAAUGAACAAGGUGAUGAAUAUAUUCGAACUAUAAAUGAAAAACGUUUUCCUGAACGAUAUAUACCAACUUGGUUAAAAGAAUUAAGACCAUUAUAUUAG